UAUUAUUUAAGACCUUGUUUCUAGUUAAGGGACAAUAUCUCUUGGUCGAGAGUCUAAUAAGUCACGUGACUACCAUGAUGAGCUUACUCUCUUACGGCAUUUUGGUUUGGGCUCUGGGAAUAGUGGGAAACAAUGGACAAGAUGCUCUUUUAACAUCAGACGGGUCUGCAAGCUUGGCGUCGGUGUAUGAAGCUAUUGACGCAACAACUACAGAGGCCAGAGAGGGUAUUAAAGCUUCCGAACUUGAAUUAGCAAUGGACGACAUUAGAAACAAGGCGAAUGAAUACUUGAAUGGAAAAAGUGCCAAAGUGGAAAGACAAGACAUAGUCAAUUUAUUGGCUGAUGUCACAUCCAAAUACAAUCAAGGAAUCGCCUUAUCCACACUCCUAGAAGAUCCCCUGGUACAAGAAGAUCGAAAGGUCAGCGCUGGUCUGUACACUCUUAACGAACUGUCCAGAAGACUAAAGAAAGAAGGAAAUGAGACAUCGACCAACACUCUAGUGGCUGCAGUUCAAUUCACAGCUGGGGCUAUAAGAGGAAUGGUCCUCACUGUUGAGUCGAUCUAUACGUACAACAUGGACGUUUCCAAUAAUGAGAACAAUUCGAAUAAGAGAUUGACAAAACCUGGACCUUUUGACGGUGGUAAUCGGGGUCCAUACUGGGCUGACGGUGUAAGACGUCAAAAUGUUCUUCGAAGGCUAUCUAAGCGACCUUGGUCAGCCGGCUUGAGCGGCGGUUAUAGCCAAGGUGCUGGCUUCAAUGUUGGAGCGUCUGUAUCCUACUCGUGGAGAUAAAGCCUCGCUCUGAUACCUACAAGAUUUUUAAAAAUUCGAGAUAUAUAUUAAAUAAAGAAAAAUGAAUACUACACGACCAACCAAAA